AUGCUGCCUGUGCCGGCGGGAGAAAGUAGUAAACGGCCAGGCUCAAGGAACAACAUCGUCAGCAGUGGUGGCGGGAACGGUGGUGCGGCCCCUGUGUGGGAGGGGUCAGCCGGACGUGGCUCGCCCAAGGCGGAUCUUGCCACGUCAGCCACCCCGACACGCAAUGUGCCGGCGGCAGCGGCACAGCAGAUGCGGUCUCCAAUUGUGAAGACACACCAGCCGUACCGUGAGGUGCCGCUCUUCAUGUUUGGUGUGGAGUCUGAGCUGGAGGGGUAUGCGGGUGUUAACAUGGAAAACCUCGUCACAGUCAAGGCGGCGUACAAGGCAGACAUUGCGCGGACAUCUGGUCCAAGCGCAGCUGGAGUGUCCUCGUCAUUUUUCCGUCGCUCCACGCAGCGGUCCCCUAUUGCUGCUCUUGACGGCAGUGAUUCCCAGGUGGGUCCGAUUGGCCGGUUGUGUGGGACUGCGGUGGCGUCAGCGGCGCUACAGGGCACGAUAAACAGUAGUGGAUCAAACAUGGCUGCGGCCCCGGUAGGUGUAGUCGCAGCUACGUGUACUGCCCCAGCGCGUACGGGGCUAAAUAACAAGCGCAUGGUGAGCCUGGACGUAACAGCGCGAGCGGGCGGCUAUGGGGCUCUUACAGGAGCCGAAAUGCAUCGAUGCCCCGCCGCCUUUCAGCUUGUUGAGAAGGAGGAAAAGCAUCUUAAUUACACUGGCGUGGAACUUCUUCAAUCAGAAAUAAAUUUGGGAGACACAGCAGAGCGGUCACGGCGGCUGAAGCAGCGCCAGCGUCAGGUGCAGUACGGCAAAGAGACAGCGGGGUACAGUAACUACCUUCGAGCCGUGCCCUCUCGCUGCGAUCGUGAGUUUCGUAACCCGAUGCAUCCCAUGACCCCACGCCCUGAGUAUGACUGUAGCAAACGUACAUUUGACCGUUACCUGAAUAUGUGGCGACGUCAACUGCACCUUUGGGAUGAAUACGAUCCCAACAACCUGGAGCCGCAGUAUGUUCGAAUCGGCAUUCCCACGCUGCGUAGUCUCGGGUUGGAGCCGUCACCUAGCACGCCUGAAUUCCACCAAAAUCCUACACUUUCGUUUACACCCAUGAAUGCGCAGGGCCUUGCCUCCAUGUGCACUCCGGUAAUGCCUCGCCACAUCAGACGAGAUGUAUCUAUCUCAAUGGGUUCAUACCAACGAUCAGCAGGGUAUCAACAAGGUGCUGGCGGCGCGGUUGCUGCUGUUGCUGCAGGAGCUCCAUCCGCAUCUUCUGGUGUCCCUCCACACGCCCGUCCAUUAAGCGGGUGCGGGGGUGGCAGUUGGUCCAUUACAAAUACACCACACACACCCUAUCAUGGAAGUACACACUCCACAAGCAGUUAUCAGCCACCGCUGCUCUCUGUAUUAGCCCAGCCAACAAUCUAUUCUCCUCACUGGGGCGAUUCUUCUCGUCAAAGCUCGCCCAACCCACAUGCUGGCCAACGCAAUAGUGGCUAUGUGUACCAUAAUUUGGGCGGUGGUGUGGCUCCGACGACGACAGCAGCAGGUGGCGGGGGUGCUGGUGGGGGUGGCGCAGCCCCUCCAGCAGGACCCGGCAAUGCCGUGUAUUGGGAAGGGGGCGGCGUAUAUCACGGUAACACCAACAACAAUACAGGAUAUGCGUACCACGGCUAUAGUUCCCCAUACGGUGGGCACCGGUACACACCACACACGACAUCGAAUCACUACUACCCCUAUUAUGCUGGCAAUGCAACGGGUGGUGGUGCUGGAGGUGGUGGGGGAGGUGGAAACUUGUCGAGCCCGCCACCACUGUGCUCCGGCCAAGAAGUGUGGGGCAACCCACCGCGGCAGAUGCAUCAAUGA